GGAGCGGAGAGCAGCGUCCAGCAGACAGACCUAGGAGCUCGGAGCGUGCGGACGUGUGUCCCGUGUGUGCGUGUGUGUGUGUUAAGCGUCGCGCCGCGACCAGGACAGGGGCGGGAGAGAGAAGAGAGAAGAGGGGUGAAGUUGAAACAGUGUGAUAGUCUCUAGUCCCGACAAACAAGAAACGCCCCCGCCGAGCCGAGCCGAGCGUAGCGUGCGUGUCUUCCUUUGUGAAUGUGCUUGUGCAAGUGAGUGAAGCGACAACAUGAGGCUCGAAAUCCAUUCCGCGGUCAACUUCCUGGUGCAGUUGCUCCGGCUGCACCACAACGGGCUGAGCGAGUCGCAGCUGGAGAUGUUCAAGGGCUCCUUGAGCGACCUCCUGUCCCACCGCUACCGCUACCACUGGUUCCCCGACCGACCCCACCGCGGCUCGGCCUACCGCUGCCUGCGGAUCAACGGAAGCAUGGACCCCGUCAUCGCCGAGGCCGGCGACGCCAUCGGCCUCCCCGGGCCCUACCUGCACCGCCUGUUCCCGUCGGAACUCACCAUGUGGAUCGACCCCGCCGAGGUGUCCUACCGCAUCGGCGAGAACGGCUCCAUCUGUGUGCUGUACGAAGACCCGCGGUGCUCGGAGCCCACGGCCAUCAUCACGGUGCCCGGGCUGCCCACCGAGCCCGAGCUGCUGAUGGAGAGGGUCGGCAACAAGGCCCUCCACAUGCAGCACACGUCCGUGCAGCAGAAGUACGACCUCAGCACGUACGCGUCCAGCUGAACGCCGCCUCCCCCCGCGUCCCGCUGCGUCCCGCGCCCUGUGAUCUCAUUUAACUCAUUCCCAUUGAUGUGGAACAUUUUAUUGAAUGGCCAUAGCACAACAAAGUUUGUUUUGUUUUUGUCUCUCGCUGGAAGUUUUUUUUUGUUUUUGUUCUGUGGAGUUGGUUUUGUUUUGCGGGACAGUGAUUUCGGAGCUAAAUUGGCGGCGGAGAGAGAAUCAAGGCAUGGACCGGCCCUAAAAGGUAUUUAACACCUUCGAGAGAUGUAUUUGGAACUUUGUAAUAAUUAACUUAACUGUCUCAGUUAUAUGGUGAUAAUAAUUUUAAAUGUGUAUGAUUUAGAAUCACACAUCAAAUGAAGCAAAUUUAUACAUGCGUACCUAGCAUUUCCCCUUAUAUGUGUAGUAGUAGAUGUUUUUUCAAAAUUAAUUUGCCGUUUCAUUCUAAAUUCUUUGUUUUGGUGCGACUUGGUGUGUUUUGGUUCUGACAUCUUUGCGUCUCAAGCUGCUAUCCGAGCUGCAGUUCGACAUCUAUCUCUGAAAAGAUUGUCUGCGACCUUCCGUUGCCGCCUGCCUGCUGAGGUAAAAUCGUCCCAUCAAGUACAAAAGUAAAACGUACCGUGUUCAUUGUUCAAGUAAUUGAUCGGGAUUCAUCGCGCCGAAGCGCAUCUGACGUGCUUAACAUCGCUACUUUCGAGUCGCACGAUCGCCCGCCCCCUGUAGGCGUUCCUUUUUCGAAAGCUGUGCGUGAACGAUCAGCCUUGUGUUCAAACCUGCCGCCGGGCUUUGUUCUGUCUCUGUCGCUCCCAUUGGCCUCCAGUGGGUGGGAGAGAGACAGGGCACCGCCCCGCCGCUCCGAACGCGCCCAGCGGGGGACCGUUACGAACGAUGUGACGUCAUUCUGGCGAUUUGUCGCCCAAAUGACGUCAUCGGGAUGAAUGUUCUCGCGCUGAUUGUUCACGCACGCGGGUGGUCGUGUCUGCCUGGCAGAGCUGGUCAGAGUUCUAAAUCGCUUUGCAAGCGCGUAUUUGUAUUGAAUCUGUGUAGCAAUGUAGUGGCAGUUAUCGAUCUCGUCUCCAAAAACUUAUUUAUUUAUUCCGUGUGUUAAUGUGAAUAGGCUAUGUAUGCUCGUACGUAUCUGAUAAUGUUUUCGCUGCAUUGUUUCCUGAUCAGUUAUUGAUACAGUUAAGAAAAACUAGCGUAGGGGAGAAAGCAUACCGCCGGUAUUUUGCAGGUACUGAAUGUAAAGUUGAACUCUCGUUUCUUUGCACUAUGUGCUUUUGACUGUGUUAAGUUGUAUACAACUACUCUAUAGAGAGUUUAAUCUCUUGCAUGAAGUACUCAUCUUGUCAAAACCUGUACAGAAAUUGGAAAUUAUUAUUUAUGAAAAAUGAAAUCACAGAAAGCUUUAUCUUAUAUCUCUAUUCGAAGCUAAAUUGAAAUGAAAUCUAUAUGAAAUGAGUUUGUGUUGACUGUGUUCAAAACGCCUGAAAGAAUACCAAAUGUCAAUUUGUACAGAAAUUAUUUAAUUGAUUCAGAUCAAUCUAUGACGGUAGUUAUAAAUACAUUUAUUUGAUCAACAUCCAACUUGCAUGUGAAAGAUUGCCCCCUAUAUUUAUUCAUAGUGGUAUGACUUUUCUCUAGUGAGUGGUUUUCAAUCGUUAAAUCGUUGUGUAUUCUAUAUCCAUUGGCGAAAAAUCUCUCUGGAGUGUCACGGUAGUGCAAUUUUAUGAGUCUCUUGUGUUAGCAAACUUGUGAUUUUUGGUUGAUUAGGAAUGGGUGGACAAAAACGACACCUGGUCUGUGCGAAGAACGGCGUCCUUUCUUCGUCAGAAAGUUGCGCCAUAACCACCGUAAUGUAACCAUAACAUUGUGAUAGAAGACGAAGGGCUAUCUGCGCCUACCUUACUUGAAGCCUCCUCGACGUUGGGCCGAACGUGUUUCUGGCUCGAAGCUCGCCUCCAGUGCAGACUACCUUUUCUGUCUGCGCGGCGGCGAGUGACGGGCCGUUUCUCUUAAUGUGAUCAAUCGCUGACCAGUCAAAAGCGAGUCGAGGUUCCGUCAUAGUAAUCUGAUCCCACCCAGAAUUGUACAGUUUAUGUGGCGUAGGGCGGAGUCAGGGUAGGUGCAGACCAAAAAUUGUAUAGAUUGUAAAGAUUCUUUCGAAAAUUGUGAUGUAGCAGACCAGGGUAAGGAUGUACGAGGCAGCAUAGGGUGUGUACUGUACUUAUAUAAUUUAUCAGGCGAAGAUGGACAAAAAACGGGGAUGUGUGCAUGGUGACCUGACCUGACUGCCUGCCUGCCUACCUGCCAUACACGAUCGAAUUCCUUAGCAUGGCAUUAAAAACAUUAUUCUAUCGAGAUAGAGACUGCAGUAGGUUUAUAUUAAAACUCUUCAGGUAAAUGGUACAAAGCUGGCGACAGCAGUCUGUGAUGUUUUGAUUGCAGUAUUUAAUAUAAGUCCACUGGAAGUAGGUAACUACAUAAUUAUAGUUUCAUUCAUGCCUAUGUUCAUUCGUGUAAGUUUGCUUCCAGUGAUUUUCAAUUAUAUACUAAAUUUAAAAAAUUGAAAACGACAAAAAAAUCAGAGAUUAAGAUUUGAAGGAUUUUAUUGUAAAUUUCUAGUUGAAGAUGCAGUCAAACUUUGUAUAUUACUUGUAAUGCUUGUAAAUAUUAUCUGUCCUUCAUUUGUUAAUUUCCUCAAAGUUCGUCCAUGGAUAUUUUUUGUGAAAGCUGAUGUUUUGUACAGACAAAAUAAAGCAUAAUUUGCAGAAAAUAGCA